AUGGCUGACGUUGAAUACAACGCCGAUGAGGCUGCUGAGCUCAAGAGAAAGAGAGCCUUCCGCAAGUUUUCUUACCGGGGAAUCGACCUCGACCAACUCCUUGACCUCUCCUCCGAGCAGCUGCGCGAUGUCGUCCACGCUCGUGCCCGCCGCCGGUUCAAUCGCGGCCUGAAGCGCAAGCCCAUGGGCCUGAUCAAGAAGCUCCGCAAGGCCAAGCAAGAGGCCAAGCCCAACGAGAAGCCUGACCUUGUCAAGACUCACCUCCGGGACAUGAUUGUGGUCCCAGAAAUGAUUGGUAGCAUCGUCGGUAUCUACUCCGGAAAGGAAUUCAACCAAGUUGAAAUCAAACCCGAGAUGGUUGGCCACUAUCUUGGUGAAUUCUCGAUCUCAUACAAACCCGUCAAGCACGGUAGACCCGGUAUCGGUGCUACCCACUCGUCGCGUUUCAUUCCCCUUAAAUAA